AUGUCCGGGCCUCCCAGCACACCCCCACCGGCCGAGUCGGGCCCAGCGACUGAGUCAUCUCCGCGCAAAAAACAUGCCUUUGUGACUGUCGGCUCUACUCGCUUCGAUGCGCUUGUGCAGGCCGUGCAGACGGAUGCGGUGUUGGCGGCGCUGCGCACGCGGGGGGUCUCAAGUCUGACGGUGCAGGGCGGCGAGGCGGUCAGGGAGUUCAACGCGGAGCAGCUUCAGGCAGCCACCGCGGGCGGCGCACGGUAUGGGAUCGACGUCGAGGCGUGGGCGUACAAGCCGUCGCUGCAGGAGGACUACGAGCGGGCGGAUCUGGUGAUAAGCCAUGCGGGCUCCGGCACCAUCCUCGACGUGCUCCGGCUCAGGAAGCCGCUCGUCGUGAUCCCCAACCCGUCUCUGCUCGAUAACCACCAGCAGGAGCUCGCAGACGCACUCGCGGACCUCGGCCAUCUCAAGACGUGCACCGUCGAUACCCUCGCGCAGACUGUUGAGUCGCUGGACGAGGCCUCGCUGGUGCCGUUCCCCCAGUUCGACGGAAGCAGGUUCCGCGAGAUGUUGGAUGAGGAGAUGGGCUACCCUCCCGAGCCGCCAAAAUGA